GGAGGCAUAACAUAUGAGCCCAGCUUAGAUAGUUUACGGGAUAACACCAGCACCGAGGUCCUUUGGCUCGGUGUUUCCGUUUGACCGCACACAAAAACUGGGACAACCGAACUUCUUCUGCCCACAUGUCUUGUCUAAAUCCCCCAUUCCCGCGUGCCUCCUCCUCGUCCUCCGACCUUCUUCUCCUACCCCCUUCUUCUUCCUCCUCUCUUCCUUUGUCGACAGUUCCAAUAGUCUGUUACAUCUCCACUCCUCUAUUAUAUUCUUAUUCUUCUUCGUCGCCCUCUUCGACGUCACUUGUUGCGCGCUGUUGUCCUAAGGUGUGAUCUACGGUGACAAGUUGCAACGCCGGGAAAGAAGGAAAAAAAGAGAGUAGUACUCAUCGGCCUCACUAAACACACACGUCAUGGGUGAUAAACAGAAGAAGCCGGCCACUAUGGCCACUCACUUGAUCGCCGGUGGAGGAGCUGGUAUGUGCGAGGCGUUAGCAUGUCAUCCGUUAGAUACCAUCAAGGUGCGGAUGCAACUGUCGCGUCGCCAGAGGGCGCCGGGAGUGAAGCGGAAGGGAUUCUUCACGGUUGGAAAGGACAUCAUCCAGAAGGAGGGCCCGCUGGCGCUCUACAAGGGAUUGGGUGCCGUCGUUACCGGAAUCGUGCCCAAGAUGGCCAUCCGGUUUUCGAGUUUCGAGUUCUACAAGUCCCUUGCGCCAAUUAACCCCGAGACUGGAAAGAUCGGGGCGAGUGGUGUUUUUUUUUCCGGUCUCGCUGCCGGUGCCACAGAAGCCGUCGCCGUCGUGACUCCGAUGGAAGUCGUCAAGAUCCGGCUACAAGCCCAGCACCACUCCAUGUCCGACCCGCUCGACGUGCCCCGAUACCGGAACGCCGCGCACGCCGCCUACACCGUCGUCCGCGAGGAGGGAUUCCGCACGCUGUACCGUGGUGUCUCGCUCACCGCCCUACGACAGUCCACCAACCAGGCCGUCAACUUCACCGCAUACACAUACUUCAAGCAGGCUGCCCUGAAAUACCAGCCGCACCUGGAGGAGCUGCCGAGUUACCAGCACAUGCUGCUCGGAUUGGUCUCUGGUGCCAUGGGACCGCUCUCUAACGCUCCCAUCGAUACCAUCAAGACUCGAUUGCAGCGAAGCUCGGCAAAGCCCGGAGAGUCGGCGAUGGCGAGAAUAAUUUACAUCUGCAAGGACAUGUUCAAGCACGAGGGAUUCCGGGCAUUCUACCAGGGAAUCACGCCGCGCGUCAUGAGGGUUGCCCCCGGACAGGCUGUCACCUUUACCGUGUACGAGUACAUCCGCGGAUGGAUGGAGAAGCUGGCGGCGCCGGAGCACGACAACAAGGAGUACCGGGAGUAGAAUGUGUUGGCUUUAGUGUUGCCGGUGGGGGGCGGGGUGAUGGGUGGGGA